UGGUCCCUCGCAUCCAGCUGAGUGACAACUCAAUUCCUCUAAGCAUCGUUUCUGCAAUGGUGAAAAGUCCUCCCUGGCUCCUCAGCAUGCCAGAAAUGGUUUGGGAGAUCAUUGAGCUGCAUGUCCCUCCUUGUUUUUUGACACACAAUUGAGCCAGUCAGCAGAGCAGCCUGAACAAAGCCACGGCAGAGAGAGAGAGAGAGAAGGGAUGGAGAGAGAGAAGGAGCUUCUGGGAAGAAAUGUCUCUCUCUGACUGUCGCCUCGACAACCGGGUAAGACAGGAGGGGAGGGAGCAGCAAGAGAAGGAAAGGAAGGACCGGGGAGCAUAAAAGGAGAGGAAAACAGCAAAAUAUGAACUACAGGGAUCAGAGGAUUCCUAGGGAGUGAGGGAGGAAAGUGGAUUUUUUUUUUAAUGCAAUUUCUUGUGUGGGCUCCCUGCAUCCCUCUCUGACAUGAUGAGUUAUGAACUUAUGACAAUAAGCAGUAACUGAUUUUUUUUUUUCCCCACCUUCUCUCACACCAGUGCACGGAGCAGAUAAAACUGCAGAGCACAAGUUCAGCAGGACAAAAGUGGACCAAGCAGGCCUGCGCGCUCCUCCUGUGAUUCCCAUCUCAUCUGCCUCAGGUCCCAGCAUGGACGCUGAAGAUGAGCCGCUGCUGUUUCAGAGCAGCUGGGACGGCGGUGAGGAGGAAGACGAGGAGGGAGAGGACAAUGUGGCGGACAGAUCAACACCAAACUGUGCAACAGGGAAUGCAGGGGUUUGUGGGUUGUGGGGGGCAGUUGGGUGGGUUUACACGCAGCCCCUGGCCAGCGGCCUGGUUCUAGGGGUGGUCUUCCUGCUGCCCUGCGCCUUGUUUGUCUACAUGCUGCUCUACUGCCCUCCUCUGGACAUAGACCUCUCCUACAGUGCCUUCGAGGUUCACAGUCACUUCUCAGCGGAGCGCUUUGACGCCCUCACCAUAGCGGUAAAGACUCAGUUGGGGUCCUGGGACAGAUGCAGGCGUGACAUAGACGAUGCCCAGUCUGAGCUGCUGCAGGAGCUGCUGCUGGAGAAGCUGGGCAGGAAUGAAUUGUUCAACUGGACACACAGUGGAGGUAUGAGCACCCCCACUCGUCUCAACAGCACUUCACAAGCAGAGGAGGAUCUCAAGACAGCCACUCCAGCACGUGGAGAUGCAAGGACAGAGCCUGAUCUGAGUCAGGAUGAAACAACAAACCACAAGAGCUCAAAUCCCAGAGCAGAGCAGGAAGAGGGAGGUUUAUGGGAGGAAAAUUCUACUUUUCCUCUCAUCAGGAAGCGCAGAUUUGCUCCCAAUUACUAUAUGCAGAGCCAAGCUCUGUGGAGGAUCGAGCUGGUGUUUGUGGCUCAGGGGAAAGGCAACCACAACAUCUUCACUCCAGACCGUCUGCAGACGAUUCACCGUGUGGAGCAUCUGCUCAUGCAGCACCCGCAGUUUCAUCAGUUCUGCUGGAAACCUCUGGAAAUAUUGAGGGAUCUGCCACUGGGGCCGUCUUACUGCUCUCCACCCAGUUCGCUGCUGUCUUACCUCUACCCCAGCGAGAGAGGAGGGAAGAUAUACUACGAUGGCAUGGGCCCAGAUCUGGCUGAUAUCCAGGGUUCUCUGGGUCUGGCCAUCACACACCCACAGUUCUACUGGUACGUGGACGAGAGCCUGUCCCCUGAGCAUCUCUCCUCCUCUCUCUUACGCAGUGAGAUCCACUUCGGUGCUCCUCUGCCAUCCUACUACUCCCUGCAGGACCGAACAGAUGAGCAGAGAACUCGCUUCAAAAACUUUGUGGUUCAGUAUGCAGACUUAUUGUCCAAGCAGUCCACUAGUCAGGUGAAGGUGCUGUACGGGGGGACAGAGCUGUUUGAUGAUGAAGUGAGACACACCUUCUACAACGACAUGAUGCUGGCCGUCAUCAGUGGAGCCUGCAUCACCGUGCUAGUCUACAUCCUCACCUCCUUCUCUGUCUUUCUGACUUUCUUUGGACUCGCCGCCAUCGGACUGAGCUGUUUGAUGGCUCUUUUCUUAUACCAUGUCGUCUUCGGUGUCAGAUACCUGGGUAUUCUGAAUGGAGUUGCAGCAUUUGUUAUUAUUGGUAUCGGGGUGGAUGAUGUGUUUGUGUUCAUCAGCACCUUCAGACAAGCUUCUCAUGUGCAUCAGCCGCAGGAGCGAAUGAUCUAUACAAUGAAAACAGCUGGCAGAGCCACGUUCCUCACCUCCUUCACCACUGCAGCUGCCUAUGCAGCCAACACCUUCUCUCAGAUCCCAGCCGUGCAUGACUUCGGUCUGUUCAUGGCCCUCAUCGUCAGCUGCUGCUGGCUCUGGGUGUCUGCCUUGAUGCCAGCUGCCCUGUGUAUCUGGACUCAGCACGUGGAGCCGCACGAGCACGCCUGGUUGAACCGUGUGAAGCUGCUCCUGGGCCUGUCAGCGAGCCACAGCCCUCUGUCAGAUGAGGAUGAUGAUGUAGCGCUUCUGUCGGUGGAGAUGGAGCCAAGCUUCUGUGAUGCAGACGGCGAUUCGGCCAUUCUGUCCCUGUCAGUGGAGACUGAUUUGUCCCCUCUAGGGCAGCAGCAUGUGGGUGUGGUGAGCACAAAUCUUCAGUGGGCCCUGAAGCUCUUUGUAUCUGAGCCAGCUGUGAAGCACCGGAAAGCUGUUCUAGGUGUGUUUCUCCUGGUCCUGCUCUUAUCUGCGGGCUGCUGCUGUCUCCUGAGGCCGGCCACUCACGCGCCUCUGCUGUUCCGCAGAGACACAAACCUGCAGACUCUGCUGGCUCUGCGGAGCAACCUCAGCGGCCAAGGCAUCUCCUGCCCCACGUGCUCAGGUGUGUUCAUGGAAAAACCCCACCCACUCUACUCCCACGCCUCCUCGUCAGCGUUUAGGUUCUCCACACACCAGCAGAGCCCGAGAACAAUGGCUUCAGUGCCCUCUCAGAAAUCAGUCAAACCAAACUCAGACGCCAACCAAACAAGUUCCUUGCUGACUGUUUACAUGUCAAAACUGGAACAUGGAGUCUCCACAACAAUUUACCGUUUCUCGCUCAACACUAGCAUCACAUCUCCUUGGAAAAGGUGUGGCACAGAUCAUAAGGAGGUGUCAUCAUUCCAGGCUUUUAGUCAGCCACACACCAAUUACAGCAGCAGAAUGACAGUGUGCGUUUCUCAUGAAUACCGUCCGUACCCCAGCUGGAUGAUCACAUCCAGCUCCUGUGAUGCUCGGCAUAGCUGGACGCCAGAGUUUUCCUUUUAUGUUGCAGCGUCGCCGCAGCAGAACAGCAGGAAGCUGUAUUUUGCUCAGUGUCGCCUGAGACCUCAUCCCAGCCGAGUGUGUGUGAACCCGCCCGGUUGUGGCUUCAGCUCAGGGCCCGCUGGACGCUCACAGGGAACCUUUUACGCCCCUCUCCCUAGCAAUCCCUCAUCUCCUGCUGCAGUGAAGUCAUCCAAAACGUCUGGCUUUAACCCGUGCUCUGGUGGAGGGUGCGGCCACCCGGCGGUGCGUCCUCUGGUUGACACCGGGGCCAUGGUUUUUGUUGUGUUUGGGAUCCUGGGAGUCAACCGAACUGAACACAGGGACAACCACGUAAUUGGGGACAUGGGCAGCAUUAUACUGGACCCAGACUUUGACAUUUUCAAGGAAAUCGGAGAUCUUUGCAAAAUCUGCAAAGCUGUCGGUGCAAACGGACAACUUGUGAAGCCGGGAGGAGCUCAGUGCUUGCCUUCAGGCAACAAGCUGUCUUCUGUUUUGCCCCGGCUCCAUCCCGAGUGCCAGUCUCUGCCCGAGCCCAACCUGCUUCCAGGGCAGCUCUCCCAUGGAGCGGUGGGAAUACACGGAGGCAAGGUCCGCUGGCUGUCCAUGGCCUUUGAGUCUACCACAUACAAGGGGAAAUCUUCCUUUCAAACCUAUUCCGACUUCCUUCAGUGGGAGAACUUUAUCCAGGAGCUACUUGCCAGCCUCCCACAGUCUUCUGCUCUGAAGCGAGGUUUUCAGACAUGUGAGCACUGGAAACAGAUCUUCAUGGAAAUAAUAGGUGUGGAGAGUGCCCUCUGGAGUCUUCUGCUGUCCCUGGCCAUCUGUGUGGCAGCUGUGUCUGUGUUUACUGCACAUCUUAUGCUGCUGCUACCAGUCCUUAUAACCAUUAUAGGGGUGAUCUGUUUGGUCGUGGCCGUCAUGUACUGGCUGGGAUGGGAGAUGGGAGCAGUGGAGGCCAUUUCUCUCUCCAUACUGGUCGGGUCCUCUGUGGAUUACUGCCUGCACCUGGUGGAAGGUUACCUGCUGGCUGGGGAAACCGUUCCCUCUUUGCCUGCGCAAAACCUUGAGCCUGCAGCUGAAAGGCAGAGGCGAACCCUGGAGGCGGUCAACCAUGUGGGCGUUGCCAUAGUGUCCAGCGCAGUCACUACGGCCAUCUCAACAGUCCCCCUUUUCUUCUGUGUCAUUGUGCCUUUUGCAAAGUUUGGCCAGAUCGUGGCCAUUAAUACGGCCGUCUCCAUUUUGUUCACCCUGACCGUGACGUUAGCCAUGCUGGCCUGCGUGGCCCCGGCCCGCUUUAGGAGACACCCAGGCGCUGUGCUCAAGGCCAGCCUGGCGGUGAUGGCAGGUGCUGCGUCGGCGGGGGCGAUGUGCUGGGUGAGAGGGCAGCUGGGCGCGUCGGCCUGGCAACCAAUCAGGAAAUAAACACUAUUGGCCGUCAACUCGCACUGAUGUCAGACAGAGGAGCUCCUCUGAAUGCAAACCACAAGAACUGUAUUUUCCUGCAUGUUCAGGGGGAAUAUCAUACCAGUAAGUGAUCUUGUAUUUUAUAGCACAAAGAUGUCAGAGCCAUUUCAGUCUAGUGUAACUUUGUAACACUGUGGUGGGCUGACAUGAUGAUUCAGCCCAGGUAUAGUUUGGAUCUCGUCUCACUUUCAGCCAGGAUCAUUUGAGUAAUCGUUGGGGAAAGAGACUCAGUCACAGGUUUUGACUUGUGAACCGCUACUGACUGUUUCGUGACCUGUUCGUGUGAACAGUGACAGGAUGUCCGUGGCCAUUUGGUGUUGACGGAGUUCAUUGUCAUUUUAUGAAACACACACACAAAAAAAAGUUUAAUACUUUGUGUUCUCUUAAUGUUCACUGUGUUAUUUUCCAGCCAUCACAGGCUAUGAUGUCUUGGUUUAUUAAACCAACUUUAUACAGUUUUUGUUAAAUGUAGAGUGUGAUGUAAAUGUCCCAGUUUGCUGCUUUUCUCUCUUCCUCCCGUUCUGAACUUUUGGACGCUGCCAGCACACGUGCUCAUAAAACCUGUGAAAGCCUGUACUUUGCACAAGUUCAAAUCCUUUUCUUGGAUCUCUUUUCAGUUAUUGUGCCCCUCCUCAGGUGUAUUGCACUUAAGAUAACCCACUCCCUCCUCACACCCCAACACCCAAACCUUCAUCAGCGGCAGCUCCAGGCUACUCCAGAGUAAAGUUGAGGGCCAUUUGUCAAAACACAUCACACAAUAAUGGGUUUGGGAGGCAGACUGACUCAGCAGCAGCAAGAGUAGUGCAUUUCUGUUUUGUAUGUGUGUGUUUUACUUGUGAA